CUAUACGAGAGGAGAACAGAAAUGAAGAUACAAAUCCUCGGGGACACAAUAUUGUAAAGUGUUGAGCAUAUUUAACUCCCAUAGAAAUUAUUGACCUCACAGGAAGUUCUCAGCAGCACCUUGUAGGAUCUGGCAUAAACAGAGCAGAGGCAGGAGGGUUGCUACUGAGUAUUUUGCAGCUUCCGUUCAAUUCAGUAGGAGUUAAGAGAACUGAGCAUCUUGCAAGGAUGGGGGUGUGAGCGAGGCAUUCAUCUGAAGGUGGGAAAAAUCUGUGCAUGCAAAAGUGUCCCAGUGAGUUCCUAAAUGCUUCAUUCUUUGCACAUCUGUAUGAUGUCUGUACAGUUCUUUACUAACAGCCCUCAAUAUAAGGCCUACCUACUUCUCAGAGGAAAUGGCUCUUGAAGUUAAAUGAGACUGGAUAAAAUACAUACAUGAAGCAGAGGCUGCUCUACAUGUGUUAAGGCUAAAAUACCAGAAGAGUUUUUGAUCAGCCAGACUUGGUAGCUUGUCAUAAUGAAGAAAAUUAGUCUCAAAACAAUUCGCAAAUCCUUUAACUUAAAUAAAAGCAAAGAAGAAAGUGACUUUGUAGUGGUUCAGCAGCCAUCAUUAAGUGAAUUUGGAAAAGAUGACUCCUUGUUCGGCAGCUGCUAUGGUAAAGAUUUGGCUAGCUGUGAAGUUAACAGUGAAGAUGAAAAAGGUGGCAAAAAUAGAUCAAAAAGUGAAAGCUUAAUGGGUACUUUAAAAAGAAGGCUUUCAGCAAAACAAAAGCAGAAAGGGAAAGGCAGCACGCCAUCUGUAAGCUCUGCUGAUGACGAUACCUUUUCUUCCUCAUCUGCUCCAAUAACCUUUAAAGAUGUGAGAGCUCAAAGACCUCUAAGAUCCACAUCCCUCCGUAACCACCAUUACAGUCCAACACCAUGGCCCCUUCGAUCGACAAACUCAGAAGAGACAUGUAUCAAAAUGGAAGUGAAAGUCAAGGCCUUGGUCCACUCCUCUAACCCAAGCCCAGCACUGAAUGGUGUUCGAAAGGACUUCCAUGACUUGCAGUCAGAUAGUGUGUUUCAAGAACAAAACAAUACAUUAAAAAGUACAGAAUCCCAGAAUGGGGACCUACAUCUUCAUAUUGAUGAACAUGUGCCUGUAGUUAUUGGACUAAUGCCUCAGGACUACAUUCAGUAUACUGUGCCUUUAGAUGAGGGAAUGUAUCCUUUGGAAGGAUCACGUAGUUACUGUCUGGAUAGUUCUUCACCCAUGGAAGUUUCAACUGUUUCUUCUCAAGUGGGCGGAAAUGCUUUUCAUGAAGAUGAGAGUCAGGUGGAUCAAGAUGUAGUUGUUGCUCCAGAUAUAUUUGUGGACCAGGCAGUGAACGGUUUGUUGAUUGGUACCACAGGAGUCAUGUUGCAAAGCCCAAGAGUUAAUCACAGUGAUGUCCCUCCACUCUCACCAUUGCUACCUCCGAUUCAGAAUAAUCAAAUCCAAAGGAACUUUAAUGGACUGAAUGGCACAGAUGCCCAUGUGGCUGAAAGUAUGCGCUGCCAUUUGAAUUUUGAUCCUAACUCUGCCCCAGGAGUUGGAAGAGUUUAUGACUCUGUACAAAGUAGUGGUCCAAUGGUUGUGACGAGCCUCACAGAGGAACUGAAAAAACUUGCAAAACAAGGAUGGUACUGGGGCCCUAUCACACGUUGGGAGGCAGAGGGAAAACUGGCGAAUGUGCCUGAUGGUUCAUUUCUUGUUCGAGAUAGCUCUGAUGACCGUUAUCUUUUAAGCCUGAGUUUUCGCUCCCAUGGUAAAACCCUUCAUACUAGAAUUGAACAUUCAAAUGGUAGGUUUAGCUUUUAUGAACAACCAGAUGUGGAGGGACAUACUUCUAUUGUUGAUCUAAUUGAACAUUCAAUCAGGGACUCUGAAAAUGGAGCUUUUUGCUAUUCACGGUCUCGAUUGCCUGGAUCUGCAACUUACCCAGUGAGAUUGACAAACCCAGUAUCUCGGUUUAUGCAGGUGCGUUCCUUACAGUACCUGUGUCGUUUUGUUAUACGUCAGUAUACCAGAAUAGACCUGAUCCAGAAACUGCCUUUGCCAAACAAAAUGAAGGAUUAUUUACAAGAAAAGCACUACUGAAAGCUUAUGGGAAUCUUGCAUCUUGCACUUUGGGAACAAAAAAAAGAUUGAAAUACAGUUUACAAAUUUUCAUUGCUAUCAAAAUCUUUUGCUGCCAUAACAAUGUUUCAUUUUUGUGUGUAAAGAAGGGUAAUGCAUCUUUUUUGUUUGUUUAUGUUUGGUGUUUUUUGUUUGUUUUAUGGGGCUUUUUUUUUUUUAAAAAAAGGUUCACAAGGUUUUUAGAAGUGUGAAAUAGCUAUCUUUCAUCAAUGUGCAGAAAAUAAUCACAAUGUGAAUGAUCAAAUUCUCCUUAAUUUCCCCAAGUGCUGCUAUCCACUGUGAUUUUUAUGCAUUGAGUGCAUUUCAUGUGUAUUCAACCAUAAGUAAAAGUGAAAUGAAACUUGUAGAAUGGAAUUUUUGUCUUCUUAAAAUGGCCUAUUUUAUAAAGAUAAUUGUGGACAAAACAUACAGAUAGAUAAAUUACAGAAUUUAGGUAUACAGCGAAAAUGAUUUCCCAGCAUCCUAAAUGAACAUCUCCAUAGAACUGCCCUAAUUUAAAACUUAUUAAUUGAUGUAGCUGUGUGAUGGAAUAUAGUUAUGCAGCAUAUCUUUGGAAACCUCCUUUCUCCUAAAUGAUUUCGUAGUUUGUAUGCGCUAUUUUGCCUUUGAGAAAUUGGGUUGAGUUUUCUUUUUCUUGGAAUUUCCUUAUAAUUUUUUCUUCUCCUUUUAAAAACAGCCUUUUAAAAACAGUUUUGAAAAACAGUACAGAGCAUCAAUAUGGAAAUUGUAGUAUUUAAAAUUAUGUUAAACAUGGAUUACUAAUGACAUUGUUGGGAAAAAAAAAUCUACAAAUCUCCCUAAUUGUAGAAACUAUCAAUUAAAGUGAUAAUGUGACAAGACUUCUGAAAACAAUUUCUACACUACAGUUGGUUGUCCCUGCCCUCCCCCUUUUCCCUCUUGCAUUUUGAUAUUUAGUAUUUGAUUCUGGGAUUUUUGGGGGGAGUUGGGGAGGGCUUAAACAAAUUAUACCUAAGGCUGCAUUUUUUUUAACCUUUGUAUAUUUGAAAUUAGUAACAGAAGGGGUUUUGGUUUAAUAUAGUGGCCACAGAAAAGGGCUUUGUUACUAACAGUCUCAGGAGCUGUUAUGAAAAUUGACUGUUUUGACAUAAAGGUAUCAUAUCAAUUUAGUAAAUAUUUCUAACAUCUGACAAGAAUAGUGGCAUUUAAAAAGUCUAUGGGGAGCCUGACCUUCUAAAAGAGAUUUCUGAAUUGGGAGACUAGGCCCUAGAUUGAAAAGUUUUCCUUGUGCAAUAUUCAUCAUAUUGGUGUUUCCCUUUAUAGCUAUUUUACAUUUGUGCUUUCAAUUUUAAAGGUGACCAUGACUAAAUUUGUUUUUUAGUUUUGUUUUUAAAUCAAUGUUAUAUUUUUUAGCCUGUCACCUUCUCCGUCAGCAGUUGGUAGAAGUUGCUACUUAGUAAAGAUCAACAUAGAAAAAAGCUGGGAUAAAUCCUUUUUGAAUCAUUUUCUUCUGGUUAUUUUAUCUAGCUUUUUUGCCCCCUGAAAUGAGUUUGUAGCAUUGGAUACACUAUUGCUGCAAAGUGCUACAGUAGCACUACAUCUUGGGUUGCCUGAAUUGAUAUGCUAAAUUUAUAUAUUUUUUUUUAUUUAUUUUUUGGACCACAGUAUUUAAAAAAAAAAUAUCAAAGGCAGAUAAAGCCUGUCUGCUCUGAGGGAUAGAGGAUGAUGAUUUCUUCUUUUGUCCAAUCAUAUUUUUGAAUAUUAAAAAAAUAUUCUCAGCAAAGUAUAUAUGUUUAAUUUGUUGUCUCUGCCAUUCAUAUAUAUUUAUGCAAGCUUGAAUCCAGAUUUCUCUCUUCUGGAGGUUUUUUCUUCUUCUUUGAAUCAGGGCUACAAACUUUAUUAAAAAAGGCACAAUAAUCUUAUAACAUGGUACAGUGUUCUGAUUCUAUCUGAGGGGAGGACGGAGGAAAUCAUUUUUAUGGAAUAUGAAACAUGCUUGUUAGGAUGAAACCUCUCACAUUUUUUUCACUUUAAAAAUUCUUCCCCCAUACAAUCCAGAGGGACUGUACAUUGUACAAAGUCUCUAGAAUUGUGUAGUACAUUAGGCAAUGAUAUAAAAUUAGUGAAAUAUAUCCCAAUGUUUAACAAACUUAAAGAUACAUUUAAAAUAUGCUUUGUGCAUAAGUAUUUAAUGGACCUUGCAUAAGGGCUUAAACAUGUGAAACUUUAAUAUCCCAAUUUCAUUGCUGUAUUAAGAAAAUAUAUAUGAACUUGUGUGCUAAGUUUCUUUUCCAUGUCUUCAUUUAUUCGUUUGGUCACCUAUCAGAGUUGGUCACUUCUGAAAUAUUACUUUUGGUUAAAUUCAUCCAGUCCAUUUUGAGUUGCCUUCUUUGCUGUGUACUUUAAUUGUAAACUUAGUAAAAGGUCCAGUUCUAAUUGGCUCUUUUUGAUGAGCUUUCCAUAGGUUUGAUUAAAAGGACCCUGACAAGUAAUUUAGACCUAAGAGAAGACCUGCCUAGAAUUUUUUUGUAAUCUGAUGCUGUAAUGUCCUAAAUUUCAAAUAUUUUGAAAUCCACCAUUCUGUAAAGACUUUUUUUAAAAGCUGCCAGAUUCAGAAUCUAUCUCUUUUUGUUACUGAAGCAGUCUUCCAGCCAAUAGUAGGAGCACAAAUUAAGAAACCCUGUUUUGACAACAUUGACUUAUAGUUGCUUAUUAUAAUGAUUACUGUGAUAGCCACAGUAAUGUUGUUUAGUUACAAGGCAACUGAAAAUUAUUAAAGGGCUACAACUGUAGUCAGGAAAGACGGUCUUCAUUUGUGCUCCAUAACAAAUAUAGGAACAAAAUCUGUGUUUGCCAAAUGGAAGAAAACAAAUAUGGUAGGUUGAAAAAAGUUAUUUUCAGGCUUUUAAAAGAAGAUAAAGAUUAAAUAAAAAUAAAAUAAAA